AUGUCCAGCAGAGACCUCCAGAUGAUCGUCUCAGUCCAUCUURKACGAACUGAUGGGACCAGUUCUGGAAUCUUAGAAGGAACCGAUGGGACCAGUUCUGGAAUCUUUGAAGGAACUGAUGGGACCAGUUCUGGAAUCUUUGAAGGAACCGAUGGGACCAGUUCUGGAGUCUUAGGAGGAACUGAUGGGACCAGUUCUGGAGUCUUUGAAGGAACUGAUGGGACCAGUUCUGGAGUCUUUGAAGGAACUAGUGGGACCAGUUCUGGAAUCUUUGAAGGAACUGAUGGGACCAGUUCUGGAAUCUUUGAAGGAACCGAUGGGACCAGUUCUGGAGUCUUAGGAGGAACUGAUGGGACCAUCUUUGGAGGAACUGAUGGGACCAGUUCUGGAGUCUUUGAAGGAACUAAUGGGACCAGUUCGGGAGUCUUUGGAGGAACUGAUGGGACCAGUUCUGGAGUCUUUGAAGGAACUAAUGGGACCAGUUCGGGAGUCUUUGGAGGAACUGAUGGGACCAGUUCUGGAGUCUUUGAAGGAACUAAUGGGACCAGUUCGGGAGUCUUUGGAGGAACUGAUGGGACCAGUUCUGGAGUCUUUGAAGGAACUGCUGGGACCAGUUCGGGAGUCUUUGAAGGAACUGCUGGGACCAGUUCUGGAGUCUUUGGAGGAACUGCUGGGACCAGUUCUGGAGGUUUUGAAGGAACUGAUGGGACCAGUUCUGGAGUCUUUGGAGGAACCAAUGGGACCAGUUCUGGAGUCUUUGGAGGAACUGCUGGGACCAGUUCUGGAGGUUUUGAAGGAACUGCUGGGACCAGUUCUGGAGUCUUUGGAGGAACUGCUGGGACCAGUUCUGGAGUCUUUGAAGGAACUGCUGGGACCAGUUCUGGAGUCUUUAGAGGAAUUCUGGAGUCUUUGGAGGAACUGAUGGGACCAGUUCUGGAGUCUUUGGAGGAACUGCUGGGACCAGUUCUGGAGUCUUUGGAGGAACUGCUGGGACCAGUUCUGGAGUCUUUGGAGGAACUGAUGGGACCAGUUCUGGAGUCUUUGGAGGAACUGCUGGGACCAGUUCUGGAGGUUUUGUUGUCUCAUUCUGGUCUGAUGGAGGACUCUCUCCAGUCCAGGAUGGAGCAGAUGAUCUAA